AUGGAACAAGUUGACCCUAUCGACCUCCUCACGAUCGCCACCGUUACCACCGGGUCCUCCUUCAUUACCGGUUGUCAGGAGCUAGCAAAGGAGGUGGUCCAUGACCAAGAUGAAACUUUUGAUAACCGUGAAAUAUCAGUGGCGACGUCGGUUUUAUCUUACCGAGGCCAAGAUGUGGCGUUUUCAAAGAACAACGCGAACUGGGGUAAACUUCACAAGAUCUUUGUCCAUGAGUUCGUAAGUAACAAAAAUCUUAAAGCAUGUAGUUCUUCCCGUACGUAUGAGGUUAGAAAAACAAUCAACAAAGUUUUUAGUAAGAUUGGGACCAAUGUUAACAUCCGUGAGAUUGCUUUUUUGACUGAGGGCAAUGUCAUAAGAAGAAUGGUUUGGGAUGAAACUUCCUAUAAAGGCGAAAAGGGUGCCCAUCUUGGAGCCGAGUUACAAAUGGUUACGUCCAAUAUUGUUAAAAUUUUGGGACAACCAAACUUGUUGGAUUUCUUCCCUAGUCUUGCUCGGUUUGAUCUUCAAGGUGUUGAGGGGAACAUGAAGAAAAAACUUGAGAAAUUGGAACAAAUUUUCGCAAGUAUCAUUGAAGAUCGUAUCAAGUAUAACUCCAAAAUGUCAGAUGAUGGAAUUAGAGAUGAAGGAAAGAAAGACUUUUUGCAGAUCUUAUUAGAUCUUAAGGACCAACAAGAUCUUAACAACACCCAAGUAAAAGCACUUCUCCUGGACGCAAGUAUUUUAGGAACAGCUGGAAUGGCCUCACUCAUAGAAUGGACGAUGGCGAAUAUUAUGAGAAAUCAUGAAGUAAUGAAAAGGGUGCAAGAAGAAUUAGUAAAAAUUGUUGGACCAAACAACAUGGUGUAA